CCCACCAGUCUCGUACCCAGAGCCGCGCGAAGCGUCAAUAGAUAUAGAAACAACAUCUGAAAGCUAUAGAGGUCGCGUGUCGUAAAAAGCAAGAGUCAUGGAGGUUAACUUAUCGUCAAAGCGAUGGGCAAAUGACAGACAAGUAACCCAUGCCAAGUCCCCACAGCCAGACCUGCGUAGGAAACUCAGCAUAGUCACAUAUAACACACUUGCCGACUGCUAUAUCCCACAAGCCGACAUGUACCCUCACACUGAACUAAAGUUCUUGUUCAGGGAUGGAAUCAGUUCUAGAAGACACCAUUUACUGACGGAAGAGAUAAGGUGGUUAAACGCCGACAUUUUUUGUCUACAAGAGCUGGACGACUGGUACUACAAUGGUAUUAUUGAUAAAUUCAUGGACUCUUUGGGGUACAGUGGCGUGUAUAUGAAGAAAGCAGAUCCAAAGCUGGAUGGAUUGGCAAUAUUUUACCGAAGGAGCAAAUUUAAGAAAGCGAAAACAGAUAUGGUUUUGCUUAGUGAUUUUAUAGAUAAGCUCACCGGGGAUAAGAAAAUGACCGGGUACAAAACUGGACAUGUGUUGCUGAUGGUGGCUCUCGAGUCCCUUGAGGACGGCUCAAUACUUGCUAUAGGUAAUACACACAGCCUAUGUCAUCUAGGAAAGCAUGUUAUCACCACUACAGCACAGAUUCUAUGUGCGGCACAGGCUAUGCUGAAGUUUGUCCAGUCGCUACAGUCAACAACAGAUGAUAGGGUCCCUUAUGUUUUGUGUGGUGACUUUAAUAUCGAGCCCCAGUAUCCAAUCUACAACUUACUAGAAGAAGGAACUUUAAAUAAAGAUACACUGCGUCAAUUAGAUUACAUUGUGCCAGACCCAACUUUUACUGUGGAAGAUAAGUUAUGCAAAGAAGAGGAAAAGCUACUUUCACUUAUAGAGGAACAUCUAACCAGUUCACCACUAAAAGUAAAGAGUGCUUACAACAGAGUGUUGGAUAAAGAAUCUGGAUACACGUCGUACUGCUUGGGUCAGGGAUCUGUAUUGGACUACAUCUGGCUAUCGGCAGACAUAGAGCCAGUUUCAGUUCUGGAGGUGCCGAAACCAGACAGCAUUAACCCUCAUGGUGCAAUACCAAGCAACACAUACCCCUCUGAUCAUUUCUCUCUCAAGGCAGAAUUGGUGUAUUAGUAUCUUCAAAACAGUUGUAAAAUAUACAAAUAAGAGGAACACUUCUUGGUGAAAUGACCCACUUUUUGUCCACCAAGGGGGGUUCAUGCACCCCCCUGUGUAUGCGCCUGAUAGGGAUAAUGGGGCUGAGAAAUAAAUACUGAAAAUCUA